AUGAAAAUGACACUGGAACAGGAGAAGAUCUCACUGAAUUCAAAAAACGAAUAUCUUCAGGCGAACAUGGAGUCGCUGAAUAUAGAGAAGGAGAAGAUCCAAGAGCAUUUCCAAGAUAUCAUGCGCGAACGCGAGCAGUUCCUACUAGAAAAUCAGAAUCUCUCAACAACAACUUGUCAUCUGAAGAAUCGCCUGACUGAGAUCGAGACCAAAACCAACUGCAUGGCCGUUGAGAAAGAGAAAAUCGAGAUGUUGUUACAAAUGAACGAAAACAAGACCUUAGAUCUUGAGAAGGAACGGCAGUAUUACACAAAACAAACUCAGGAGCUCCUUCUGAACCUCAAGGAGGUCAAUGAACAGAAGGAAUUAACCGAAUCAGAACUUCGUCAGCAAGUCAUGGCGCGAUUGGGAGCUGAAAAGCAACUGCAGGCCGCCGAAAAAGCCCUUGAGCACCUGGAAAUGGCGCUGAAGAUGACCGGGGCGCAGAUGACAGAACUGCAGGAGCACAUUAUGCCUGAUGUUCAUAAACUGCGAGGUAUGGCGCAUUCAUCAAGUGAAAUAGUUUUGUGUAUGUCCAGCCAAAGCGACUGUUCAAAAGUUUGGUGA